UGUCCCUGCUGCUCACUUGAUUGUGAAUCCAGUCUGGUGUGGAAGCAGGUUGGACGAUGGCGCUCAACGUUCAUCAUUCUCUGCUGGCUCUGCUUCUUCUAGGGACUGACGUGCUCAUCAGGAUUCCUGCUCAAGAGACUAGCGUUUCUGAGGCAUGGACCAGCAAGACCUGCAAAUGUGACUGUGAUGGAGCCGAAUCGCCAACAGAGUUUUCCAGCAUGGGGUCUGGCUCUAUGGUGAAAGGAGUGGAUUGCAUGCCAGAGUGUCCGUAUCACAAGCCUCUUGGAUUUGAGGCAGGAUCUGUGAGUCCGGAUCAAGUCACCUGCUCUAACCAGGAGCAGUACACCGGCUGGUUCUCCUCGUGGCUCCCGGGCAAGGCCAGGCUCAACAGCCAAGGUUUUGGGUGUGCAUGGCUGUCCAAAUUCCAGGACAAUAGUCAGUGGCUGCAGGUCGACCUGAAGGAGGUGAUGGUGGUCUCGGGGAUCCUGUCUCAGGGCCGCUGCGACGCUGACGAGUGGGUCACCAAGUACAGCGUUCAGUACCGCACUGACGAAAAGCUCAACUGGAUUUAUUACAAAGACCAAACUGGGAACAAUAGGGUGUUUUACGGGAACUCUGACCGCUCCUCGUCCGUCCAGAACCUCCUGCGGCCGCCCAUCGUGGCUCGCUACGUCCGCAUUCUCCCCCUGGGGUGGCACACUCGCAUCGCUCUGCGCCUGGAAUUGCUGCUCUGCAUGAAGAAAUGCAUGUGAACCUCUCCUCCUCUACCCCCCCUACCCCACCCCACCCAGCAUUGUCCCUUUGUGGUGUUCGAAUAUGUAUUCACAGAUCCAGCGCCUGAAUAACAAAUUGACCCUAAAAUAUUCACUACACCAAACGUUAUUGCAUCCAGCAUGCUACCGUGAAAAUAGCUGCGUUUGAUAUGCACAACAGGCUUUCAUUCAGUCCCCUCAGCAUUGUCUGUGCUAAACCGCUCUCCCACCGUGGGCUCUGUUUGACGAGUUCUCAAUUGGUGGCUCGGUUUGCAGUGAAAUGGCAUAAAUUCAAAGCAAUAAUUAGUGGCUGAGAAGAAGAGGCUGCGUUGCUAUGAGUGGUUCGUUGCCACAGGUUUGGGCUGUUCUGUGACACGGGGGGCUAAAACAUUAUUUCAGCCUCUCUGCAUGCGACUGACCAAGGCGGCACAAUACGGGACACAAUGAGUCUGGUAAUCAUUUACAGUUGUGUUCGAAAUAAUAGCAGUGCCUUUAGAAAAAUGAGUAAAUGUCAAAAUUCUUCAAAGAAAUUGUACUUUAAUGAACACAGAUACAUUGGGGACACAGUACAUUCUAUUCCAAAGCAAAACAAUUGCGCAAAGUCAUCAAAACUUAAAUAAUAAUAAUAAUAUUUCAAAUAAAGUAAGAAAUGGCAUGUUCAAAAGAAUAGCAGUGUUGCCAUCUUUCCUUGGAAACUCAAAAAUGUACUGUACAAACAAAGAAAUUCUUGAUAAGUGAACCUAGCUGAGUAUCCUAAACUAAUAUUUUGUUGCAAAACCACGGUUUCUGAUGACUGCUUCACAUCUGUGGUGCAUGGAGUCAACCAACUUCUGGCAUCGUUCCACAGGUAUUGCAGCCCAGGAUAAUUGCACUGUAUUCCACAAUUCCUCAGCGUUUCUUGGUUUUGCCUCAUGCACUGCACUUUUUAUGUCAGCCCACAAGUUUUCAAUGGGAUUAAGGUCCGGGGAUUGUGCUGGCCACUCCAUCAGUUGAAUCUUGUUCAUCUGGAACCAUGCUUUUGCUCGCUUGCUGGUGUGUUUGGGGUCAUUAUCCUGUUGAAAGGUCCACCUCAAAGGCAUUUCCUCCUCAGCAUAUGGCAGCAUGACCUCUUCCAGGAUCCUGAUGUACUGGAACUGAUCCAUGAUCCCUUGUAUGCGGUGAAUCGGACCAACACCAUAGUAUGAAAAACAUCCCCAUAUCAUGAUGCUUGCACCACCAUGCUUAAUGGUCUUCAGUGAGUACUGUGGCUUGAAUUCUGUGUUUGCAGGGCGUCUGACAUACUGCCUGUGACCCUUAGACCCAAAAAGAACAAUCUUGCUUUCAUCUGUCCACAAGAUAUUAUGCCAUUUCUUUUCAGGCCAGUCAAUGUGCUCUUUGGCAAAUUGUAAACGCUUCUGCACAUGUCUUUUUCUCAGCAGUGGGACUUUGCGGGGGCUUCUUGCUGGAAGGUUAACCUCAGUAAGACGUCUUCUGAUUGUCACAGUACUCACUGUCAACUGAAGGUCUUGCUUGAUCCUCUUGGAUCCCAUCAUUGGCUGAGUCUUCGCCAGUUUGGCUAUUCUUCUGUCCAUUCGAGGGGUUGUCUUUCUUUUCUUCCUCGUUUUUCAGUUUUUUGCUCCCAUUUCAGGGCAUUUGAGAUCAUUUUAGCUGAACAGCCAAUGAUUUUCUGCACCUCUUUGUAUGUUUUCCCUUCUUUAAUCAAUUUUUUUAUUAGGAAACGCUCAUCUUCAGAACAGUGUUUUGAACGACCCAUUUUCCUUGUUUUUUCAGGACAAAUGCACAGCCAGCAUGCCAGUUGUCUUGAUCCUUAAAUACGGAUCACCUGUUAACACCCUUUUUUCCCAGAAUACCCUCCCUAAUUGAUGCCCUCUCUAAUUGAACUCACCACUGCUAUUUUUUUGAACACACCCUUUUCAGUUAAUCAUUCAAUUUCACAGAAUCCACAGUAUGCAUGGCUGUCCUGUUGGGUUUGUUGGUUUUCUAUACCUUUAUUUUACCCCCCAGAAACUUAUCUGGGGUAUAGAGUUUGAAAUGUUAAUAACACCAGUGAUUUUCUUGCUGCUGUUGAGGCACUGCUAUUAUUUCGAACACAACUGUACAUUUAUAUUACAGUCCAUAAAUUCCACAUAAAUACAGCAGACGAUUAAAUGACCUGUUUACAUGAACUGUUUCCGUUUCCGGAACCAGAGAAGCCAGUUAGUUUGAUUGUAUUGUAUCACCUUAGAAAACAAAUUCAAAUCUUUAGCAGAGGCAAUAGAUCUCCGUUUGCACUUUUCCUCAUGUAGAAUAAAAGAGAGUAAAUAUAUUAUGAAAAUAAAUGUGAGCUGUCUUAGGUGGUUAUCACAUAAAUUUGAGUUUUUUUUGUUUUGUUUUUUUUCCUUCUGGUUUUGUUUUUGAACUUGUUCUAAAAAAAAAAAGGGAAUUUUCCAGGAGCGUGACGUCACAAUUCCCCGCUGUGCUCUCUGUUUAUCUCUGGUUUUUAUAACUGCCUCAUCCCUGCACAGGAGGGGUGCAACUCAUAAAAAAAA